GCUCCUCUCCUGCCCACUCUGCCUGUGCCCACAGCAUCCCGAUCCUCUCCUGCCCACUCUACCUGUGCCUACAGCACCUUGGUCCUCUCUUGUCCACUCUGCCAGUGCCCACAGCACGUUGCUCCUCUCCUGCCCACCCUAUGCUCCCACCCCAGCGCCCUGCUCCUUUUGUCUCACGAGGCUGAGAAGCCUUCUCUCUGCCAGCCUUCAGGCUGCUUGCUGCUCUUUCCUACUCUGGCCCCGGAGGUCCCACUUUCUCUGGUUCCAGGUCAUUUCAGAUCACCAGUUCUUCUUCCCCCCCUAGUACCACCUGACGAGUCCGCUUGGUGUGGGGAACACCAUCUGGGUCAGAGCCCUGCUCCAGGAGGAUGAGCAGUAAGAAAGGAGGCUCCAAAGCUCUGCCAGGGAAGGGGCAGAAGUCGGUCUCUGCAGCCAAGACAAGACCCAAGCCUGGGAAGCCAGGGGAGGACCCCAAGCCACCCAGGAAGGCAGGCGAGCAGACCCGGGAUAUUGCGCCCCCACUGGGCCCCGAAGCCCCCAAAGAGCCGACUGCGGAGGACCGGGCGGCCACGGUCAUCCAGUGCGCCUUCCGGAGGCUGCGCGUUGCUUCCCUGGACGCAGUGGUCAGUGUGCUGCAGGCAUGGGACCUGAGCCUCACGGAAGCCAUGCUGCAGAACAUGGAGGCCGAGCGGCAGCGCCGUGUGCUGGAGGCGCAGCGGCACCAGGAGGCUGAGGCCCAGCGUCUCAACUCCAGGGUGCAGCAGCUGGCCAAGGAGCAGCAGCAGUGCCACAAGGAGCUGCAUCAAGCCUACUGCGAACUCAACCGAAGGAUCACGGAGCACGACAAGUGUGAGCGGAAGCACAUGGGCAAAACGGAGCUCACACUGCAGGCCGUCAGGGACGCGGAGGCCCAAGUGGAUAGACUGCGGCAGGAGGCCCAGAAGGCGGAGGAGAUGCUGGCCAUGGCCAGGCUGGCACUGCGGGAGCAGACCCAGGAGGAUGUGGAGGAGGUUCCUGGGUUGAAAUGCCAGGUAACUGAACUGCAUGACGUGCUGAUGAAGGAUGUCGGUGACCGCAUCCACAGCGACGGCCGGUGGCCCCUUGUCAUCGACCCCUCGGGUCAGGCGGCCACUUUCCUGCGCUACCAGGACACUAACUAUCUGGACACAAUGAACCCUGAGCACCUGCGGCCGGAGAGAAUGCGGCUGGCGCUCCUGGGGGCGCUCAGGUACGGGAAGCCACUGGUGUUCGACCUGCGCGAGGUGGACAUGUUCCAGGCGGUGCAGUGGCAGCUGGAAGAGGUCCAGGCAGGCCUAGCGCAGGAACUGCUGAGCCGCAGGCUGCUGGAGGAGGAGCGGUACCUGUCGCUGCUGCGACCAGCUGACGGGCCAGAAUACGAGCCCACCCAGUUCCAGGCAGAGCGCCUGGUGCACUUCCGUCUCUUCUUUGUCACCCAGGUCAGGUGGCCGCCCGCGGAGCAGAUGCAGAUACUGCUUCCGGUGCGCGUGCUACUGCCUGGAUCGGGCCUCUAG